ACCGCUUCGUUCAUAUAUAUUUACACUCACCCAGUCAUCGUGUCGACUAGGACUGACAGGGGACACCGGUCGUGUAAUCGCAAUACCGCGUUUUGGGGAGUACGUUACACAAGAGUGUCACUGACUCUCUCAGUUCAUCGGUGGUUGCCCCCAAGCCGUCUCCCUCUACGCGCAGGGCCGCGAUUUUUCAAUGCGUGGUAGUUCCCCGGAUUUCAUGUUUUGAUUCAGUGAGAACCACGAUCCGUUCUAUAGUAUUUGAGUGUUUCCUGUUAGCCACAUAGUAGCUAUCCGAGUCAGGAGUAUACCUUUUAAAAAGGCAAUCACCGACCAGUUCACCACUCUUGUCUAUCAACGAAAACGGAUUGCGCGAUACUGCCAGUCGCCGACGUUCAGAGCCGGCACCAUGGAUCACAAUACGCCGGUAUUAGAAGGGGACAGAGAACGUAUAGAUGCAGGGGCAGCUAUGCUGAGCGGCGAAACUGGUCGACACUGGACAGUACAGAUUCAUCCAAGUACCGGGGGACAAUUCAAUAUCGAAGUACCAAGCAAUGAAACCGUGGAGGGACUUAAAAAGAGGAUCGCCCGGAAACUGAAGGCACCAAAAGAAAAACUAAUGUUACUGCAUCGAGAUAGGCAACUUAAAGAUGGUACAUUGAGUGACAACGCAUUGUGUAAUGGCAGCAGACUUGUGCUCCUACCAGCUGUGGAGAGUGGUCUUUUGUCUCAACGCCAUGACCCAACUUUGGUGCAAGCUUUAGAAAAUCUCACCGAUGACCAGAUAAAUGACUUUCUUUCUGGGCGCUCACCUCUAACUCUUGCACUCCGACUUGGCGACCACAUGGUGUUUGUGCAGUUACAGUUGGCCUCUGCAGUAGGAACUAAACCAUCAGCCAAUAAACCUUGCUGCCAGCCAAUAAAAACAAAGAGUGCUACUACAACAACUCAAAGCUGCCAAUCACAAACUUCCACUUUCAAAGCUCCAGUUCCUCAUCCACCACAGGGACAACAACAUUGCUGUCACCAUGGUAAUGCAUCUACCUCAACCUCUCCAGUCAUUACUCCUUCGUCGUCGUCAUCAUCAUCUCAAAUAGGCUCACAACCAUCGACAUCAUCGUCACAUUCCUGUAAAACUCAACCCCGUCCAUCAUCGUCGUGUUCAGCUGGUGCAAUUAUAGAGAGUGUCAAACAGCAUGCACCAGGUAUUUUCUCUGGCACCUUUUCUGGUUCUCUGAGUCCUUCUGUGCAGGACAAAGAUGGGAAACCACGUCGUGAUAUUACUACUAUCAUGCAUAUACUGACUGAUUUACUGGCAGCUGCACCAGUCUACAAACAACAUGCUCAUCAAAUAGCACUACAAAAACAACAGAAACAGCAACAGCAACAACAGACGUGGAAACAGCAGCAACAGCACCUGCAACAACAGCAACAAAAAAUGAGAGCACCAAGGCUGCAUCCUGUACAGCAGCCCACUAGAAGCUCACCAACAGAGCACCAUUUCCACCAUAGAAGAGGUAAAACUAUGGAUGAGAAAAUGAGGUUGCAUCAAGAGAACAGCCACACUCGUAGCAAAAUGGAACAGCUACAAACAAUGAUGCGCGCACGCCAAAUGAGAAGAAAAGCCCGCCGUGAAAUGAGAUCACCUUGGGCUGACAUGCGGGGAUGUGUCCAGGCCGACUGUACUGACAUGAGCAGUAGUAACGUUUCUGUUGACAACACUAUAGAAAAAACAAUGACAGAGAACUGUUAUGCAGAUCUCAAACCAGGAUAUAUCCUAGCGUGAGGGGAUACUGAUAAAAGGCGGGAGACACACCGCCACCCCUUUUAAUUUACGUAAGGCAUGGUUUGUAGUGAAAAAAAACCCAGCCAGCCAGUCAGUAUGGAUAGAUGAUUAUCCAAUAGCAACAAAUGUUGGAGAUGCUUUCAAGGAAGUCUUGAAUUAACAAGAGUUUUGAUUGGCCACAGAAGCACAAAAUCUAUUGUGAGUGCCAAUCACAGAACAGUAUUUAUCCUGGAGCAUAUAAACAAUGCAGUCAGAGAUAUUUAAAGGAAAAAAGAAUUGUGAAAUGUAAUAUUUGAAUUGUUUGUUACACUUAUAAUUAACAACUAAUGAUAACAACAAUUAAUGUGUGCUUUUAGGAAAUGUUCAGGAAUGAGGUGAUAAUACAGUCAGGAAUAAGGUAACUGCAGCAGAGAUUUUCUGGGUAUGAAUCUCAUUAGUCUGAAAA